CCCACUCGGCUGUCAAGCAAAACUGUCGCGGGCGCAAAAUGAUUUACUACUAGCUAGUAUCAUGACCAUUCAUUUUUUCUACCUGAUUAUCCACAUAGAAAUGUUAUGUUUAUUAUGAAGGUAUAUAUCAUCGGGUAAUUUUGACAUGGCGGUGGUAGAAACGGAGUUACCGCGAGUGCUCAUGAUCAUACUCGUGGUUAUUCUCAUUUUGUUGGGAACUGUCGGCAACUUGUCAAUCAUACUCGUCAUCUCUCUUACCAAGGACCUCUGGACCACGACCAACACCUUCAUUAUCAACCUGGCCAUAGCGGACUUGUUCGUGACGAUUAUUGUGGAUCCGUAUAACGUAGUAGGAAUCCACACGGACCAGUAUCUGCUGGAUCAUCCGGUCCAGUGCGAGGUGGUUGGCUCCAUCUGUGUGAUCACGUGCUCCGUUUCAUUGGCAACCGUGGCGGCCAUCAGUUUCAACAGAUACCUGUUUGUUUGCCACAACCCUCUACAUGACAGGAUCUUCACUAAGAAGUGGUGCGGUGUGAUCGUGGUAUGUCUGUGGCUGUACGGCGGUCUGGUGGACGUGCCUCUUCACUUCGGCUGGGGUAGCCAUGGUUACGACCUGAAGACUAUGGGCUGUACAUACGACCGGGCACACACGUACGGAUACACGCUGUACCUGCUGCUUUAG